GUUUGGCAUGUCAUGAUUCGAUCUAUCGACAAAGGACAGCGAAAGACAGAACAACUUCCCAGCCGACUGAGCCUUCCGUAUUGGGAAGUGUCCCAGGCAUCUGCCAAGAUGGGUGGCCAAAUGGCAGAGGCAGAUGUCUUGCGCUUGCUUUCUGAAGCAGAACGGCACAAUGAUGAGGAGGAGAGUAGCCAAGCCGAGCAGAAGGCCGAGGAGGCCUUGAAACUUCUGCGGAAAACUCCCGAGGCUGUGCCAGGUCCAGCGGAUGCGGUCCGAAUACUGGCUCUGAGCAGUUCAGCCCAAGGAAACCGCAAGGGCGCCCUGAACCGGAUCGCAGCUGAGAGGCCCACCCUGCCGAGCCAACGAUCGCAGGCGGUGUUGAUCUUGGCUUUUGCAGAGGUGGCCAACUCGCGAUGCGGCAGCAAGCGGCGGGAGGAAGCGUUACAAGCAGCCUUUCAAGCAGUGGAAAGCUUUCGAGCGCUGGGCGAUCGGCGUAUGGAGGGCUGGAGUUUGGUGGCCCUGGCUCACACCCAUGUUCAGAGAGGCACCAAGAGCGAAAUCGUGGAGGAGUUGGACCGUGCCAUCGACGCGGCCUCUGAAGCAGAGGAGAUCUUGCGGGACGUGGGCGACCGCGUAGGAGAAGGGAAGGCGAUGCACACCAUAGCGGUCGCUCUCUCCUUCCAAAACAACAUUGAUGAGGCAGUAGAGCGGUCUCGAGCACUGGUGACCUACUGGCACAACCUCGGCUAUAAACGGCUGGAGGCCUUCCAACAGGAGUGCGUAAGCGAAUGGGAGUUGGCACGUCACAAUCCAGAGGAGGCCUUGGAGGCGGCUCAAGCAGCUCUGGCGCAAAAGGCGCUAAGAGAAGCGAGUCGUGCGGGUGAAGGGAUUCCAUCGAGAUCUGCGGCGGCCUUGAUCCAUGCCUCCAACGCCUAUCUGACUCUGGGAAAGGCUGAUGAGGCAUUGAAGUUGUCACAAGAACGGCUUGAGGUCUUCCAGAAAAAUGCCGACUUCGAGAGUGAAGUUGUAGCGCAAUCCUCCAUCGUCUCCGUCUAUGUGAACUCCGACAGGUUGCGCGAGGCGGCGGAGGUGGCAGAGGAGACGUUGAAAAAGAUCCGGAGGCGGUCACCCACAAGGCUGUUGAAGUGUUGGGAGAACGACUUGCUUCAAACCCUGGCGAAGAUCUACUUGAAGGCUGAAGAGGCCGAACAAGCCGAAAACAUCAUCGAACAAGCGCUGAAGUUGGCCGACGACCAGAAGGAUCGAAAGUCCCUGGCUGCUGCGUAUUUGUUGAGCUCCGAGCUGGCUCUUCUGAAGCGGGAGAAUCGUCUGGGUCUGAAGGCUGCGAUGAAGUCGCGGGAUUUGUCGCGGAAGACGGGCACCAAGAAGGGCGAGGCCUCAGCGCUGUUGCAGCUAUGCUCCGCCUACUGCGCGCGAGGCGAGCUCAAACGAGGUGCUGCCGUGACGGUGGAAGCGCAACGGAUCUUCAACGCUGUGGGAGAUCGUGAGGGGGAAGCCGAUGCGCUGAGGAUGCAGGCUGAAGUUCGACUGCAUUUAAAUGACUUCACACGAGCAAUUGCAGCGUGCAGAAGGUGUCGAGAGCUGCAACGUGAGAUGGGAGAUCGGAGAAGUGAGGCCUGGGCCUGUAUUCAACUGGCGCAAACUUUGCUGUCGGCAGCUUCGGAAGAAGAGAAACAGGAGAUGGAUCGUCGAGCUAAGGCGAAGGAAGAAAAGGCUCGCAGCGAAGGCAAAGAAGUGGAGGAGCCCAAACAGCGUGAAGCGGAUUGGUUUCAAGCUGCUGAAGAGGCGCCUACAGAGGAGCCGGAAGAGAGGCCCGCAGCCGCGGCCUUUGAGCGAGCGCUACAGUCAGCCAAGGAUGCGCUGAAGAUCUCCAGUCCAUUGGAGGAUGACGCGCUGCUGGUUCGGGCGCUGUUGUCCCUGGCCACGGCCCACAUGAUGUGCCUCGAGCCAGAAGACUCCCAGAAGUACAUCGAUGAAGGCCUUCCCCUGGCGGAGUCAGUAAACGAUGCCUCUGCUGAAGGGCAUUUCUACUUGCUGAAAGCUCAACUGGCCGAGUUUGAGGGUGCGAAGCGCUAUCCCGAGGCCAAGGAGUUUAGCAACAAAGCUCUGCAGAUCUUCCAGGCAGAACACGAUCAGUCAGGGCAAGAUGCCGUGGAAGCGAUUCUGAAGAGGAUCACUCCCAAGACUGUGGGUGUUCGACCCACCACUACGGGUUCGAUGAGCUACUUUGGUGGCGAGGGUGAGGAGAUGGAAGAAUACUGGGAGGAGGAAGUCUAUGAGGAAGUUGUAGGAGGUGGAGGAGGAGGUGGGGCUGUGAGCCAGUACAGUGGGCCAAGUAAAGAAGAGGUGGUCUCCACUGUGAGCGACGUAGCCUUGGGCCUCAUUGGUGUGGACAAAUUGGACAUGGAUGAGCCCUUGAUGGAUGCUGGACUAGACAGCCUCGCUGCAGUGGAGUUUGGGAACACAUUGGCAAAGGAGUUUUCAGGAAUCUCCUUGCCUUCCACCAUGAUGUUCGAUUUCCCAUCCGUGAAGUUGCUGUCCGAGUUCAUUGAGAGCGGCAUGCGCGAGAGCCACGACAAGAGCCAAGCAGCGCUGGGAAAUACGGGCGGAGGUGGAGGUGGGCAAGUGGUGAAGAAGACUCGCAUGGUGAAGAAGUUUCGCCCGAAGCCCCGAGCCGCGCGACAGGCGCCGCCGCCACGACAGAUGCAGUUCAACCAACAGGCCGAACUGCAGAUUCCACAGCACAUGGGGGCCAUGGCGCCGAACAUGACAGCCAUGGCACCCCAAGCUGCAUCGGAGCUGUCUGGCUCUGGGCCCUACAAAGGCCCCGCAAUCUCCGAGAUCGAAGAAAUCGUGAAGGACACUGCGCUGUCCCUCAUCGGGGUGGAAAGCCUUGAGAAUGACGAGCCCCUGAUGGACGCUGGCUUAGAUAGCCUCGCCGCAGUGGAGUUUGCGAACGCCAUCUCCAAGGAUUUCGCGGGACUUCAGAUGCCCAACACUCUGAUGUUCGACUAUCCGUCAGUGAAAACCUUGACGCAGUUCAUUGACGUUGGGCUGAGGGAAGCCCACGGGGCAUAA